ACCCGUUUGAUUCAAUUCGCCACGAGACGUCAGCGAGUGAGCAGCGCGAUUCAAUUAAACGCGAACACAAAUAAAUGCAAAAUUGAAUAUAGCAAUUUUGCAAUAGCUGCAUAAUAUUUUAUCUGCACCAUGGCUUUUCUCAACAAGCUCGCAGCUCCUGCACUGCGCCAGCUGGUGGCGAGCCGCACAUAUGCCGCCGUCUCACAUGUGUCGCCCACGGGUCCGUGUUUUGCCCUGACCGAGGAACAGCAACAGUUCCAGGAGCUGGCGCGUAAGUUUACGCGUGAGGAGAUCAUCCCGGUGGCUGCUCAAUACGACAAGACAGGCGAGUACCCGUGGCCAAUCAUAAAGAAGGCCUGGGAGUUGGGUCUGAUGAACAAUCACGUACCUGCCGAGCUGGGCGGUUUGGAUCUGGAUGUGUUCACCACCUGCCUGACGGCGGAAGAGCUGGCAUAUGGCUGCACCGGCAUUAUGACUGCCCUGGAGGCCAGCGGCCUAGGCCAAACACCUGUGAUACUGUCGGGCAAUAAGGAACAGAAGAAGAAGUAUCUGGGCCGUCUAUUAGCGGAGCCCUUGGUGGCUGCCUAUUGUGUCACAGAGCCCGGUGCUGGCUCCGAUGUGGCCGGCAUUAAGACGCGCGCUGAGAAGAAGGGCGACGAGUAUGUUAUCAAUGGUCAGAAAAUGUGGAUUACCAACGGCGGCGUGGCGAACUGGUACUUUGUGCUUGCCCGCACCAAUCCCGAUCCCAAGUGCCCGCCCAGCAAAGCCUUUACCGGUUUCAUUGUUGAACGCGACACACCUGGUCUGACGCCUGGCCGCAAGGAGCUCAACAUGGGCCAGCGUGCAUCUGACACGCGUGGCAUCACCUUCGAGGAUGUGCGUGUGCCCAAGGAGAAUGUUCUGAUUGGCGAGGGUGCAGGCUUUAAAAUUGCCAUGGGCACCUUUGACAAGACCCGCCCACCAGUCGCAGCGGGUGCCGUCGGCUUGGCCCAGCGUUGCUUGGACGAGGCCCUGAAGUAUGCUCUAGAGCGCAAAGCCUUCGGAGUGCCCAUCGCCCAUCACCAGGCCGUGCAGUUUAUGCUGGCCGAUAUGGCUAUUGGCGUGGAAACGUCGCGUUUGGCGUGGCGCUUAUCUGCUUGGGAAAUUGACCAGGGCCGCCGCAACAGCUACUAUGCGUCCAUUGCAAAGUGCCAUGCCGCCGAUGUGGCUAACAAAAUUGCCUCCGAUGCUGUGCAAAUCUUUGGCGGCAACGGCUUCAACAGCGACUAUCCCGUAGAGAAGCUUAUGCGUGAUGCCAAGAUCUAUCAGAUCUACGAGGGCACCUCUCAGAUCCAGCGCCUCAUCAUCUCGAGGAACAUGUACGAGGCGGCCAAGGGCGGUGCUACCAGAUAAGACAACUAAAUGCAAGGUCAUGUCCACAAUCAUCCUCGCUGCAGUCCUCAUUCACAAAAAAGAUUAAUAAAAAAUAUAUAUAAGUACUUAAAAA